AAAUGAUGUUACUCAAAUUGUGGUUUGGCAUUGAACUGAUUGAAGGGAAGCAAAAGUGAAAGCUGAGACGGAAAAGGAAAAGUCUCUGGAGCGGCUUCAGUUGUAACACACGUGUCUUCCUCUGAAACACAAAAAUGGAACUGAGCUAGAGAAGAAAUCCAUUUGCCAUUUCUGACAUUCAUUCAUUCAAUCAAGAAAUAGUCUUGUAGCUACGCAGAUACAUUAACAUUCACAUUGAGAGGGAGAGAGAGAUUAGCAGCAAUGGCGGAAGUGAAGAACAAGCAGGUGAUAUUGAAGGAGUAUGUGUCGGCCGGACUCCCCAAAGAAUCUGACAUGGCCGUCGUCACCACCACCACCAAACUGAAGCUUCCAGAAGGCUCCGGCGGGGUUCUGGUGAAGAACCUCUACUUAUCCUGCGAUCCUUACAUGAGAAGCCGCAUGACCAAGCACGACUCUGCUUCUUAUGUCGAUCCCUUCAACCCCGGCGAGCCUAUCAGCGGUUUUGGCGUGGCUAAAGUUUUGGAAUCUGGGGAUGCAAAGUUUAAGCAAGGCGACUUGGUUUGGGGAAUGAUCGGCUGGGAAGAGUAUAGUCUCAUCACUUCCAUUCAGUAUUUGUUUAAGAUUCCCACCACCGAUGUGCCUCUCUCUUAUUAUACUGGAAUUCUUGGUAUGCCUGGGAUGACUGCCUAUGCUGGUUUUUAUGAGAUCUGCUCUCCUAAGAAAGGAGAGACAGUCUUCGUUUCAGCAGCAUCCGGAGCGGUAGGUCAGCUUGUUGGCCAAUUUGCCAAGUUGGCCGGAUGCUAUGUUGUUGGGAGUGCUGGAAGCGAAGACAAGGUUGAUUUGCUGAAAAACAAGUUUGGCUUUGACGGAGCCUUCAAUUAUAAAGAAGAACCCAACUUGGAUGCAGCUUUGAAAAGGUACUUUCCUGAAGGAAUUGAUAUAUACUUUGAAAAUGUUGGGGGAAAGAUGCUUGAUGCAGUGCUACUGAACAUGAAGAUUGGUGGCCGAAUCUCAGUUUGUGGGAUGAUCUCACAGUACAACCUUGUGCAACCUGAAGGUGUACAGAAUUUAAUGUAUCUGGUGUCUAAACAGCUGCGCAUGGAAGGCUUCCUGGUUACUAAAUACUUUCCUCUCUACGGAAAGUUUCUCGAAUUGGUUCUGCCUCACAUAAAAGAAGGGAAGAUUAUCUACGUGGAAGAUGUUGUUGAAGGGCUGGAGAAUGCUCCAUCGGCUCUGCUUGGUCUCUUCGCUGGCCGCAAUGUAGGAAAGCAGGUGGUUGUUGUUUCCCGAGAAUGAAUGGUUACUUCAUCCUCAACUCCAACUCCAUCGAUGAAUUUAUCUAAUGACCGAACCUUUAGCUAUAGGCCCAUAGCCUAGCCAUAUGCCAUAUGCCAUAUGGUUGUAAGACUUUACAUACAAAACUUUAUUUUUUGGCAAGAUAAAUAAAGGGUUAAAUACUGUUUA